GUUUAGCCGCUUCUGGAAUGUUUUUAAAAGAAACUCCCCCUGCAGGCUCGCGGUAUUUAACGUUUGGUAAAGUGUGUUGCUUGUAAUUCUAGUCAAAGUCUGACUCUGACAGUACAUCCAGCCAGCCAUCUUUACCGUCAAGCUGUAUGAAACGCGUUGUUGCUGUUGAAAAAGUUACUAACGUUAGAUCGGGGUUGUGCAGGUGAGGUGGCUUUGCCUUUGAGCUAGUGAGCUAGCUUGCUAAUCAGAAUGACUCAGCAAGGAGCUGCGCUGCAGACCUACAACAAUGAACUUGUCAAGUGUAUAGAAGAGCUGUGCUCUAAAAGGGAAGAUCUGAACAGGUUGAUCCAGCAGGAGGAAGCAGAGAAGGCUCGUCUGCAGCACGACAUCCGUGUGCUGACGGAGAAGCUGAGCCGCGUAAACGAGAGUCUGGCACGCCGGCUCAGUGCUCGUGCUGAUUUUGACCGCACGAUAGCAGAGACGGAGGCUGCGUACAUGAAGAUUCUUGAAAGUUCUCAAACACUUUUAAGCGUUCUGAAGAAGGAAACGGGAAAUCUGACUAAAGCCACUGAACCCAGAAGUAACAAAGAUCAUUGAAGAAGGCUGAAUGUUCUCCAUUCUUUGUUCUUAUUUCUGUAUGAGCAUUCUUUCAUCAUCACACAACAUUAACUUUUCAUUUGUGUCAGGAAACCAUGUAUGUAAAAUGUAUAGAUUUAUGUUUUGAUAUGGAAUUAGUGUUUAAUAUAAUACUUGUAUUUUAAUGUGACAUUUUAAUAAAGAUAACUUUAUAA